UCGCUAGGAAGUGGCAGACAAUACCUGGAGGUGACAGCGUCACUCACUCUCCACUUUGUUUCAGGAUCACCACCAAGACUGUAGUAUGCAGAGACUAAUAUUGAUGCUGCUUGUGUUUUCUAUCUGCAUCACCAAAGGAAGUUUUAAAUCAUGUCCAAAAUUACCAGUGCAAAGAAAUUUCACUCUAAGUGAGUUUAUGGGAUUAUGGUAUGAAAUUGAAGCUCUUCAUCCACAUUCCGAUAAAGGAAGUUGCAUCACACACACAUUUGCUAAAACCUCCACCCUUUGGAUCUCUGUUAACACUACAGAGAAGCGGGAUGAUGAGAAAAGAAUACUUUACAUAGGAGAGUUAUUUGUAGCUCGUCUGAAUGAAACAGCUAAUCUUAAAAUACGGUUUCAACAUGGUAUACACAUGGAAUUCUUUAGUUUAGAAUCAGACAAAUUUGAGUUUAUCCCAUACCAGAUUUUAGCCUCUGACUAUAAAAGUUAUUCGCUGGUCUACUCCUGUACUCAGCAUUCUCUAUCUCCCACAAUCUAUGCAUGGAUAUUGUCAAGACAUGCACAACUAGACGAAAGUAUCAUCGAACAACUGAAAAAUAUUCUGAUAAGUCAUGAAAUCAACAUUAAUAAAAUGGAAACAGUCGAUCAAGUGAAUUGCCCUUAAUAAAGAAGUGGUCAUAAACCAUACAAAUCAACAUUUUAAACUGUUAUAAAAAUGAAUUGUUUUAGUUUAUGUAAUUGCACAUCACAACUGAGUUAAUGUAUCUAGAAUGACAUAUUAUAUGCUAAGGUUUCUUGUGUGGACUAUGAAUUGUGCGAAUUUAUUUUUACUGAAAGUGAAAGUCAUAAUAAGUAUCCAAGUUAUCAUUAGUUGUCAAUAUUUGUCCCCAUUUGAAGUAAUGUGACUAUCAAAACAUCUAUACUGUUUUAAAGCUCUGAUUCAUACAUCACGGGAAUUUAUUGAGCCAAAUUACAAGGGGCUUGGCUGAGGUCAUGUUAUCAACGAGAGAGGCAUAAGCUGAUGACUGACUUAUUUAGUACUGAUGUGCAUGAAAAUAAUGAACCUGAUGAUUUAGACUGUACAACCCAUCUCUUCCUUGGUAGUUGUGAUUUAACAUGUCAUUAACAUGUCAAAACGUGAAUGGGCAACUUCUCACCCUCUCACUCUGCUGUAAACCAUGCAUUCAACACUGCUUGCUUGUUUUAGAAACUGCCUUAUAAUGCAUUAGGUAUAUUUUCCAGAGAGUAAAGUUGUAUGUCAUCGCUAUCCAUAAAUAAUAUUAAUUUUCAUGGAAAUGAAAAUUAAAAAGUCUCCAAGACA